AGCUGAUCUUGGGCUGUACUGUCCCUAUUAUGACAGGAUAUGAACUUUGAGGACGUUGCCAUUGUCUUCUCUCAGGAGGAGUGGGAGCUCCUUGAUGAGGCUCAGGGACUUCUCUACUGUGAUGUGAUGCUGGAAGUUUUUGCACUUGUGUCAUCUGUAGGUUGUUGGCAUAAAAUCUACGGUGAUGAGGCCUGUUCUGAUCAGAGUGUAGGAGAGUCACAGGUCAGAGAUUCUAAGACAGCUCCAGCCACCCAGAAGAUCCCUCUGUGUAAAUGGUGUUUCUUUGUGUUAAAAUAUAUUUUGGACCUGACUGGGUUACAUGCAGCCGACUUUGAGCAGAAAGCCUUUUGUAGUGACACAUGUGUUGGAGACUCCUGUUCCUGUGCAAACCCUCACCAGCAACAGAGGAAUGAAUGUGGUCAGGGGCCCUGGAAACAAGCUAUGGAGAAGGCCUCCUUUGUGAGUAGGUCCAACUUCUUAUCGUUGGUGCCUUCCACGAGCAGGGAGGUUGGGGAACACUUGCAGUACAACUCAGAGCUUCUCCGGCACCAGGCCACUCCCAACACUGAGGACCUACACUGUGACAGUGAGGUUUCACAGCAAUUUCUUGAUGGAAAUAGUCUUCACCAGUGGGGUGAAUGUGAAAACGCUGCCAAACACAACCUGAAAGUUGUUCAACAUCAGGGUGUGUGUUCUGGAGAACUGGUUUAUGAGUGUAACAAAUGUAGGAAAGUGUUUAGACAACACUUAAACGUCAUUCAAAAUAAGAAAGUCCACACUGGAGAAAAGCAGUAUGAGUGUAGUGAAUGUGGGAAACCUUAUGAGAAAUCCUUCAGUAAUAAGUCUGCCCUCAAACUACACAACAGAGUUCACACGGAAGAAAAGCCAUAUAAAUGCAAAGAAUGUGGGAUAUCUUUUCGUCAAUGGAUUCACCUUAUUAAACAUCUGGGAGUUCACACUGGAGAGAAGCCAUAUAAGUGUACUGAAUGUGGGAAGUCUUUUAGCCGAAAAUCUCACCUUAUUAAACACCUACGAGUUCACACUGGAGAGAAGCCAUAUAAGUGUACUGAAUGUGGGAAGUCUUUUAGCCGAAAAUAUCACCUUAUUAGACACCUAUGAGUUCACAGUGGCGACAAGCCAUAUGAAUGCUCUGAUUGUGGAAAGUCCUUCAAUGGUAACUCCACCCUCAAACAACACCAGAGAGUUCACACUGGAGAAAAGCCCUAUAAGUGUACAGAAUGUGGGGUGUCAUUUCGAAAAAGGGCUCACCUCAUUGUACACCAGAGAGUUCACACUGGAGAAAAACCAUAUGAGUGUAGACAAUGUGGGGUGUCCUUUCGUCGAAGGGCUAACCUCACUGUACACCUCAGAGUUCACACUGGAGAGAAGCCAUAUGGAUGUACUGAAUGUGGGAAGUCUUUUAGCCAUAAAUCCAACCUUACAAGGCACUUGAGAGUUCACAGUCUCAACAAGCCAUAUGAGUGCUGUGAGUGUGGGAAGUCCUUCAGUGAUAAGUCUAUCAUCAAACAACACCAGAUUAUUCACACUGGAGAAAAGCGGUAUGAGUGUAGUGAAUGCAGGAAGUUCUUCAGAGAAAGACCUGCACUCAUUAAACACCUGAGACUUCACACUGGAGAGAAGCCAUAUGAGUAUAGACAUUGUGAGAAAUCCUUCAGUAAUAAGUCUGCCCUCAAACUACACAACAGAGUUCUCACAGGAGUAAAGCCAUGUAAAUGCAGAGAAUGUGGGAUAUCUUUUCGUCAAUGGACUCACCUCAAUCUACAUCUGGGAGUUCACACUGGAGAGAAGCCAUAUGAGUGUACUGAAUGUGGGAAGUGUUUUAGCCGAAAAUCUCACCUUAUUAGACACCUAUGAGUUCACAGUGGCGACAAGCCAUAUGAAUGCUCUGAUUGUGGGAAGUCCUUCAAUGGUAACUCCACCCUCAAACAACACCAGAGAGUUCACACUGGAGAAAAGCCCUAUAAGUGUACAGAAUGUGGCGUGUCAUUUCGUCAAAGGGCUCACCUCACUGUACACCUGAAGAGUUCACACUGGAAAAAAAACAUAUGA